AUGGGAUUCCAAAGGUCUCUCACUCCGCCUGCCAAAUUCGAGCAUGAUUUCGAGAUAAGUGAUCCGAACUUGAGUUCCUCUGGAGACCGUUUCCGCCAGACCGCUUCUGAUAAGCAGAGCCAGCUGGAGCACAAGGUCAAGGAGUUGUUGGGCGCAUCAUCAACCUGGGUCGAACAUGAAGCUCAAUCUCGAACCGCUAGAAAUUCAAGCUGUAACCUUUCUGACCAGUAUACUAAAAACGAUUUACAGGGCGCGAGUGCCACUACAGCUGAUAAGCUUUCCUAUUCCCCAUCUGCUGUGAUUUCUGAUCCAGAAGAAUCAAGUUCAUUAUUCCCAGAAGCCGGAAAUCCAUCCAAAUCGCCGGAAAAGCAAAACAUCUUGACGCCAGUUGGAGCGCCUUGUGGUCUCUUCUUAUGCACUCAUCGAUUGGCCACCCUGUAA